AUGGUGGCUGGCGCUGGCUGGGCGCAGCUAAGCUUCCAGGGGCCGCGGUUCUGUCACCGAAUUACGCAGCGAAUCAGCGAUAAGCUCAGCGCCGUGCCUGGUACCGCGCCGCCAGGUACCGCUUCGAGUGUUCCCUGGCCUCUUGGUCACAACACGAUGAUGUUAUCAUCAUCAGUCCUCUGGGUCGUCACCCAUCUAUGGCUGUUGUUGGGGGGGUUGACUAGUCUUGCCAAUGCUAUCCCUAUGCCCCAGGGAAACCCUACUCCUCAGGCAUCAGGCUUCUGGGUGGGAUCCAUUGACCGCAGAGGUUCCCCUGCAUUCAGAACGGCAAGUGGCGAGUAUCAGGUCUACCGAAACGUUAAAGAAUUUGGUGCAAAAGGCGACGGUACCACAGAUGAUACUGAGGCGAUAAACAAAGCUAUCUCAACGGGAAAUCGAUGUGGAUUGGGUUGCGAUUCUUCCACUGUGACCCCUGCCAUAGUCUAUUUCCCAGCAGGCACAUAUGUCGUCUCCAAGCCAAUUAUUCAGUAUUACUACACCCAACUCGUUGGUGAUGCUUUGAAUCUGCCCGUCAUCAAGGCUGCCUCCUCCUUUCAGGGGAUUGCCGUCAUCGAUGCUGAUCCGUACACUGACCAGGGUACUAACUGGUACAACUUCAAUCAAGUUCUCAUAUGCUUCGAUCUGGUUUAUCGCGACGCUGAUAACGAUUCCCGGAUUAGCGUACGCGAUUUUUAUUGGCAAGUGGCGCAAGCUAGCAGCCUGCAGAACAUCCGUUUCGAGAUGGUCCAAGGUGGUGGUGAAGCCAAUAGACAACAGGGUAUUUUUAUGGAUAAUGGCUCCGGAGGCUUCAUGACAGACCUUGUUUUCAAUGGCGGUAACUACGGCGCCUUUUUGGGCAACCAGCAGUUUACUACUCGCAACCUCACGUUCACGAAUUGCAAUACAGCAGUGUUUAUGAACUGGAACUGGGCAUGGACAUUCAAAUCGGUGACCGUCAACAAUUGUGGCGUCGGUCUGAACAUGUCCAAUGGCGGCUUUAACCAGACCGUAGGCUCGGUUCUGAUCCUCGAUAGUAAAUUUAUCGGUACUCCGAAGGGCGUCGUCACCUCUUACAAUGAUAAGAGUGUUCCUGAAACAGGCGGAACCCUCAUCCUCGAUAAUGUCGACUUCACGGGUUCGGAUGUUGCAGUUGCCCAUCUUGAUGGUUCAGUUGUUCUCAAAGGAGGUUCGGUUGUCUCCUCAUGGGCACAGGGUAAUGCGUUCACCUCUGGGUCAUACGCAACUAUCCAGAACUCUAAGAGGGAGCCCGAACCUCGAGUAAAGGGACCAGUUCCUGUUUAUACGGUGGAACGUAUAAUCAAGCGGGAUUCGUGCAAAGCCCGCUACCCACCUCCACCUCAACCGGCUCCAAUUUCCCAAGCGCCUACCCCAUCGCCUCUACCGCCACCGUUUACUGGUAAAUAUCCAACGCCAUCGCAAGACAAGCCAGAGGGUACGGAGUCGAAGUCGCCAACGGUAUCCCCAUCGUCUGUUUCGUCUUCUGUCCCCCCAUCACCCACCCCCUCGCCAACAGAAACUUCACCCGCAGCAUGUCCGACAGCGCCUCCUAAGAAGGCUCGAAUCAGUUCCAGGAUCAGUAGUCCCGCUAAACCAGCAGUUCUCCUGGACCCAUCAGGAAAGGUAUUUGAGCGGACAAAGCCACAAUAUGAGGGCGUCCCCAAAGGGUCAUUUAUCAGCGUCAAGGGCGCCGGCGCCAAAGGAGAUGGAGUAACUGAUGAUACAAAAGCAAUCCAAGCAGCAUUAGACAGCGCGCAAGCAGGGCAGAUCGUAUAUUUCGACCAUGGAGCUUAUGUCAUUACUUCCACAAUCAAAGUGCCCAAGGAAAUCAAGAUCACCGGUGAAAUCUGGCCGCUGCUCAUGGCAUCUGGACCCGCCUUCUCUGACGAAUCAAAGCCCAUCCCAAUGCUUCAAGUUGGACAGAAAGGCGACAAGGGCAAUGUUGAAAUUAGCGACCUAGUGCUUGAAACCAAAGGACCCGCACCCGGCGCCAUCCUGGUCGAGUGGAAUGUUGCUGAAACAACGCAAGGUUCCGUCGGAAUGUGGGACGUGCACAUGAGAAUUGGAGGUUCCGCCGGUACGGAACUCCAGAGCGACCACUGCGCCAAGACUCCUAAGAGCAAAACCGUACCGGACCCCAAAUGCGUCGGUGCCUUCAUGCUCAUGCACAUCACAAAGGAGGCUUCCGGAUAUUUUGAAAAUAAUUGGCUAUGGGUUUCGGAUCAUGAGUUGGAUUUGGCCGAUCAUGGACAGAUUAAUAUCUACAAUGGCCGUGGCCUCCUGAUCGAAAGCACUGGACCAGUAUGGCUCUACGGUUCCGCGAGCGAACACUCCCAACUCUACCAGUACUCCAUUGUCGGCGCCAAAAACGUUUUCAUGGCACUGAUCCAGGUGGAAACCCCGUACUAUCAAGCCAAUCCAAACGCUCUGGUCCCCUUCAAGCCUAACUCAGACUUCCACGACCCAGACUACUCCCAUUGCAAGACGGACGCGUGCAGGAAAGCCUGGGGUCUGCGAAUCCUCGACUCUACCGACGUGUUCAUCUACGGUGGCGGACUGUAUAGCUUCUUCGAGAACUACAGCCAAGAAUGCCUGGCCACGGAAUCCUGCCAGGAAAACAUGAUUGAGGUGGACUGUUCGCCUGUGCAUCUGUUCGGCAUCAGCACCAAGGCCAGCACAAACAUGAUCACGAGAACGAAUGGGGGUCAAGGACUGGUGAAGCAGAUUGACAAUCGGAAUAACUUCUGCUCCACCCUGGCCGUUUUCGAGCAGGCGAGUGAAUGAGGUAUAGGAUCAUGUUUUUGUAACCUCUCUUAUUUCGAUUUCGAUGUUUGUGCCACCGCCCAAAAAAACAAAAACAAAAAAGAUAGGGAAAGAAAUGCACAUGCUAGUUUACAUAUAUAUAUAUAUACACUUUGUGAGUGCCAGGUGGGCGGAUUAGUUUAGAAAUAGCGGGCAAAAUUCCCAUAGAUGCGGUUUCACCCGCUCGCACAUUGUAUAGGUUGUUUAAUAAAGUUGAAAUUUGUCUUCCACCAAGAAAGGAAAAAGAGAAUUGUCAUGAUUUUUUCCUUUUCU